AUGCACACUUCCGUCUAUACUGGGUUGCUCUGCACCCUCGCCGCCCCUGCGCUGGGCGUUGUGCUGGAGAGUCUGGCUGGGGGUGCUCCUAGCGCUUGGUCGCUGGUUGAUAAGCCCUCUGCGGACUCGACAAUGUCACUUUCUAUUGCCUUGACCCGCCAGAAUCUUGAUCAGCUGGAGAGCAGAGUGACCAAGCUUGCAACCCCCGGUCAGGCCGAAUAUGGUCAAUGGCUCGACAAGAGCGACAUCGAGACAGAGUUCCCCGUUGUUGACGACGCUGCUGUGGUGAAAUGGUUGAACAAUGCCGGCAUUUCCAGUAUCUCUCGUGAUGGCGCCACAUUGAGCUUCUCUGGCAGCGUGGAGAACGUCGAGAAACUGCUUGACACUGAUUUCGCCUACUACAAGAAUGGUGACUCUACGAAGCUGCGGACCACCAAAUACUCCAUUCCCGACGAUCUGACGGAUUACAUCGAUCUGAUCUCGCCCACUGUUUACUUUGGUGGUCUCCGCAAGUUUGCUCCUAUGCCUUCGCUGGCUAAGAAGCAGGUCCCCCGGGCUUCCUCUGAGAUCACGGCCUCGUGCUCAAAAUACAUUACCCCUUCCUGCAUCAAGGAGAUGUACAACGUUGGUGACUAUACCCCCGAGCCCUCUGCCGGCAGCCGCAUUGGCUUCGGAAGUUUCCUGAACGAGUCUGCUUCGGAAUCGGAUCUGGCCGCUUAUGAAGAGCUUUUCGACAUUCCCAGCCAGAGCUUUUCCGUUGAGCUGAUUAACGGCGGUGUCAACAACCAGUCAGCUCCUCUGGCUGACAUUGGCGAGGCAAACUUGGACGUGCAGCUGAUCGUCGCUGUUUCUCACCCCCUGCCUGUCCAUGAGUUCAUCACUGGAGGUGUUGCUCCCUUCAUCCCCGAUGCGGAUGAACCCUCUGCUUCCGAUGACGAGAAUGAGCCCUACUCUGUUUACUACGAGUACCUGCUCUCCAAAACCAAUGCCGAGCUCCCUCAGGUUAUCUCCAACUCUUAUGGUGAUGACGAGCAGACUGUUCCUGAAAAGUACGCCAAGCUCGUCUGCAACCUGAUCGGCCUGAACACUAUUCGUGGUCUGACUAUAAUCCACUCCUCCGGCGAUGAAGGUGUUGGCUCCGCCUGCCAGGCCAGCGAUGGCGUGACCCCCCAGUUCAACCCCAUUUUCCCCGCCACCUGCCCCUACGUUACCGCCGUUGGAGGAACCUCCGCUGUGAGCCCCGAGGUCGCCUGGAACGCCUCAUCCGGUGGUUUCUCCUACUACUGGCCCCGUCCCUUGUACCAGGAAUCCGCCGUCAAGAAGUAUUUGACCCACGUCAGCGCCGAGACCAAGGAGUACUACGGCAAGUAUACUGACUUCGAGGGCCGUGGAUUCCCCGAUGUCUCCGCCCACAGCUUGUACCCCGAUUACGAGGUUAUCUACGCUGGUGAGAAGUCCGGUUCUGGUGGUACCUCCGCCGCUGCACCCACCUUCGCUGGUAUCAUCGGUCUGCUCAACGAUGCCCGUCUGCGCGCUGGCAAGCCCGCCCUGGGCUUCCUGAACCCCUUCUUGUACUCGAAGGGAUACAAGGCCUUGAAUGAUAUCACCGGCGGUAGCUCCUACGGCUGCGGUGGUAUUGAUCCUCAGAGCGAGGCGGAGGUCGCCGGCGCUCUGAUUAUUCCUGGUGCCCACUGGAAUGCUACUGAGGGUUGGGACCCUGUUACCGGUCUUGGCACUCCUAACUUCAAGAAGUUGAAGGAGUUGGUUCUCUCUCUGUAA